AUGGCAGGUAGGCUUCUUCAAGUAGGCACCAAGAUCAUCGUUGUCGGCAAAAACUACACCGCCCACGCCAAAAAGCUUGGCAACGCCGUCUCCAAGGAGCCCAUGAUAUUCCUCAAACUGACGUUGUCUUACUUGAAGAAUGGAGGUACAAUCCGAAUCCCUCACCCUCUUGAGUCGUUGGACUAUGAGGUCGAGUUGGCCGUCAUUAUAGCCAAGAAAGCUUGCGACGUUCCUCAGACCAAGGCCAUGGACUACGUUGGUGGUUAUACACUUGCUAUUGAUAUGACUGCCAGAGAAAUUCAAGCUACUGCUAAGGAUGUUGUACUCUAG